AUGAUCAUUGGCACUUGUUAUCUGCCAGGAGCCGACGCAAUAACCAACGAUCCCGCUUCUCAAUAUCUCGAGAAGAUGUGCUACCCUAACCUGAGUAACGCAACCCGGGGAACAUCGCUUCAGCUAUCAACAAAUGAGAUAGCUGCCUCACUCGCCAGGUCAUCUUUCCCCUGCGAACAGGAAAUGUACAUCGAAGCUGUGUGCACUGCCAACGGUACUACCCCAAUCGACUUUCUCGCCGAGCAAGAAUGUCUCUGCACCGGUGGCUACUGGGAAGCAGUGCGCGGCUGCAAUGCCUGCAACUAUGCUCACGGCUACCGUGGCUCACCCUCUAUCUCCGCUGCAGCAUUUGAGCACUCCACCGCAUCUUAUGUAUCUUCUAUCAGCGCUGCAGAAUGCCAUGUCAGUCCGCCAUAUCAACCUUUCUCGAAUCUACUUCCGACUGUCAAUAUCACGUCCUUGUAUGAUAGCCCGUCUAUCACGCUAGCCUCGGAUCGCUUUCCAAAUAAUACUGCCGUAAGCAAGUACUUCACUGCCACACGGAGCAUGACCCCAGGCAAUAUUUCGGGCAGUGCGACGGCACGGUUAACCAGUUGGACUAAUUACAGUGGAUUGAGAUAUACGCCAACUAGCACCCCGGACACUACGGGGUCUCCGUCUACGUCUACAUCUGCAACCUCUAUUUCCGCUGCUGGCUCAUCUGCUACAAAUGGUGCUAGGGCUGGGGCUGUAAUGGCGAGAAGUGGAAGAUGUCUUCUUGCAGUUAUGCUGGGGUUUACGGUGUUGUGA